UCUUUGAUAUUGCCUUUGAAGUCGGAGAGCCUAUAAACUCUCACCAAACAAAACAAAUCAAACAAACCCCCACCCAAAAAAAUCAAAAAAGAAAAAAAAGAAGAAGAAGGAAGAGGAUCAAUAAUAAUAAUAAUAAUAGAUCGCCUCCAAAAGAAAGAAAGCUCAAGAUCCUCGGGGGACGACAUUAUCGCCUGCUUUGUAGAUCAUUCAAUUUCAAUCGCUCUCUCUCUCAGAUCUUUAAUCUUGUUGGUAAAAGAAUAUUAGUUUUGGGUGAAGGAAGGAAGGAAGGAUGAAGCAUGUGGAUGAAACUCCGUCGACUCCUGGCAAGUUCAAGAUCGACAAAUCUCCCUACUUCCUCCACCGCACUCGCUGGCAAUCAUCCGUGGCUAAGCUCGCCUUCUGGUCUCUCGUCUUCGUGGGCUUCCUCUUCCUCUUCUUCUCCCGCUCUCCCUCCUCCUCCUCCCUCCCCCCCGACCCCUCUCGCCGCUCCCUCCGCACCUACUCCUGGGGCGGCCCCUCCUGGGAGAAACGCGUCCGCUCCUCCGCCCACGUCCGCACCCGCCGCGGCGUCUCCGUUCUCGUCACCGGUGCCGCCGGUUUCGUCGGCACCCACGUCUCCGCCGCCCUCAAGCGACGCGGAGACGGCGUCCUGGGCCUCGACAACUUCAACGACUACUACGAUCCCUCCCUCAAGAGGGCCAGGCAAGCCCUUCUCGAGCGCAGCGGAGUCUUCGUCGUCGAAGGAGACAUCAACGACGCCGCCCUCCUCAAGAAGCUCUUCGAGGUCGUCCCUUUCACCCACGUUAUGCAUUUGGCUGCUCAGGCCGGCGUCAGGUACGCCAUGGAGAACCCCAGUUCCUACGUUCAUAGUAACAUCGCUGGAUUCGUCAAUCUCCUUGAGGUCUGUAAAUCUGCUAAUCCCCAGCCUGCCAUCGUCUGGGCUUCCUCCAGCUCCGUCUACGGUUUGAACACCAAAGUGCCUUUCUCCGAGAAGGACAGAACCGACCAGCCUGCUAGUCUCUAUGCUGCUACCAAGAAGGCUGGUGAAGAGAUUGCUCACACUUACAACCACAUCUACGGCCUCUCUCUCACGGGUUUGAGGUUUUUCACGGUCUACGGUCCUUGGGGAAGACCAGACAUGGCUUACUUCUUCUUCACCAGAGACAUUCUCAAAGGCAAAGCCAUUUCUGUCUUUGAAGGAGCCAACCACGGGACUGUCGCCAGGGACUUUACCUACAUCGACGACAUUGUCAAGGGGUGUUUGGGGGCUUUGGACACGGCUGAGAAGAGCACAGGGAGUGGUGGUAAGAAGCGUGGUGCCGCUCAGUUGAGGGUUUUCAAUCUGGGAAACACGUCCCCGGUUCCAGUGUCUGAUCUCGUGAGUAUACUGGAGAGAUUGUUGAAAGUCAAGGCAAAGAGGAACAUUAUGAAGCUGCCGAGGAAUGGGGAUGUGCAGUUCACUCAUGCUAACAUCAGUUCUGCGCAGAGAGAGCUCGGUUACAAACCCACCACCGAUCUUCAGACGGGUCUUAAGAAGUUUGCCAGAUGGUAUUUGGGUUACUACAAUGGCGGAAAGAAAGCUGCUAGCUGAUUUCAUUCAUCAUCAUGAUCGAGAUCGAGAUCGAGAUCCUCCUCUUUGUGUUUGUUGUAGCUUGUGUAAGCCCUUCUUCUUCUUCUUUGAUUCGAGAUUCUUGUUGAUUGUUUUCCACUUGCUCCUCCUUUUGUCUUCAUUCUCCUUAUAUGUUUCUAAGCAUCCAUUUAUACUCUUCCAGAAGAAACCAUAAACUCAGAUAUAUUACUUUCUUUUGUCCUUAAUAUAUAUAUAUCCUGC